AUGAAGCACAUAAUCAAUCUAUAUGAAAACAUCAAUGAUACAGCAAGAAAUAAUUCAGACUGUCCUCAUGUGGUUGUGCCAGAAGAGAUAUUUUUUAUAAUAUCCAUCAUUGGGCUUUUUGAAAAUCUGAUUGUCCUUCUGGCUGUGAUCAAAAAUAAGAACCUCCAAGCACCCAUGUACUUUUUUAUUUGCAGUUUGGCGAUUUCUGAUAUGUUGGGUAGCUUGUAUAAGAUUUUGGAAAGUAUCCUGAUCAUGUUCAGAAACAUGGGUUAUCUCAAGCCUCAUGGUGAUUUUGAAACCACAGCAGAUGACAUCCUUGAUUCCCUGUUCAUCCUUUCCCUACUUGGCUCCAUUUUCAGCCUGUCUGUGAUUGCUGCUGACCGCUAUAUUACAAUCUUCCAUGCUCUGCAGUACCACAGCAUUGUGACCAUGCGCCGUGCCAUUGUCAUCCUGAUGGUCAUCUGGACAUGCUGCACAGGCAGUGGCAUCACCAUGGCGAUCUUCUCCCAUCACAUCCCCACAGUGAUCACCUUUACAUUAUUGUUCCCUCUGAUGUUGGUCUUUAUCCUGUGCCUCUAUAUGCACAUGUUUUUGCUGGCCCGUUCCCAUGUCAGGAAGAUCACAACACUUUCCAGAGCCAACAUGAAAGGGGCCAUCACACUUACAAUCCUACUUGGGGUCUUCAUCUUCUGUUGGGCCCCCUUUGUCCUUCAUGUCCUCUUAAUGACAUUCUGCCCCAAUAACCCUUACUGUGUCUGCUACAUGUCACUUUUCCAGGUGAAUGGCAUGUUGAUCAUGUGCAAUGCAGUCAUUGACCCUUUUAUAUAUGCAUUCCGGAGCCCAGAGCUCAGGGAAGCAUUCAAAAGGAUGAUCUUCUGCAACAGGUACCAGUAG